AUGGCCCCGGUCCACGCCCGACCCGCCAUACACGCGCACCUCGACGCUGAGUACACGAGCCAUGUGCGCCGGCGGCAGCACGAUGGGAUGAACCGCUCGAUGCUUGAGAUGCUGCAAACCACCAACACAACGCGGCUCUCAAUACGCAACGACACCGGCGGCUCGACGAUCACGAGCGAUGUGGCGCCGCUGAGUGCACCGUUCUGCAACCCCGUGGCCUGCCAGCUCCUAAGUGUCGUCGCCGUCGUUGGCGUCGUCGCGAUUCUUCUGGCCAUGGUCUGGCAAGUCUACCAGCGCCACCUCUUCAAGCGCGAGCGCCUUCGGUUCCAAGAGCGCGAGACGGAGCUGCGCACCGCGAUGGAAUACAUUGAGAGCUCUCGGAGCCUCCACUCGAACCGGAGCGGCACCGCGUCCGAGCGCAGCUGGGUACCACCCGCGACUGCACGGCCCCGCGACGACACGGCGAUACUCGAGCCCUGA